CUGUCUGUUGUUUUCUCUGUUACGGCGUCAACGGCAGCAAAUCCCACCGCGGCUCUACUCGCCAUGGCAGAGGCCCUGGGGCUCGCAGCAAGCGUCUUCGCCGCAAUCCAAAUUGCCGACAGGGUCAUCGUUCUGUGCAAACACUACAUCGAAGGUGCCCAAGAUGCCCCAUCAGAUCUUCGAUCCAUCCUCAUCGAAACGUCGACUUUGAAGGUCAUUCUCGAGAGUGUCAACUUCCUUACUCGGCAGCAUGGACAGUCGUCCGCACUCAUCAGCCUGGAUAGCGAGGUCGGUCCUAUCAAAGGAUGCGAAACUGCUAUGUCCGACCUCGAAAAGUUGUUUUCCGCUGAUCAAGCCCAAGUGACGGCCAAAGGCAAGUCCAAGAGGGGGAAGCUCCAAGCUUCUCUCACGACCUUGGCUUGGCCUUUGAAACAAAAUAAAGCCAAGAAGCUUCUUCAAGAUAUUGCGACGCACAAGAAUACCAUAACCCUGGCACUCACCUCUGAUACUGUGCAUGUGGUUCAGGAGAUCAAACAGACGACAACACAGAUCCAAGCUAUUCUCACCGACUCGCAACGCCGCGAGGUCUUCUCAUGGCUUCAGCACACCGAUCCGUCCACUCUACACCACCGAGCGUGCAGUAACUACGAGCCUGGGACAUGCGACUGGGUUGAGAGGCUUCCAACAUGGCCCGAUUUUCUAGAAGGCACAGAACGAUGUCUCUGGAUCCAUGGGAUACCUGGUGCCGGCAAAACCGUUCUGGCCUCGCAGCUUAUUGAGAGAAUUCAACGACACUGCGAAACAGAUUCACGCAAGCUAUGCAGUGUCUACUAUUACUGCUAUUUUGGCCAUAACCAGGAUGAGUCUAUUCCUUUCUUGAAAUGGAUUCUCAACCGGUUAUGUCGCGAAGCAGAUAUGGUGCCGGACUAUCUCUGGAAGCUCUUCAAGCAUGGGGGACAACCAAGCUCAAAGGACCUCUUGCAAGUACUUGAAUGUGCUCUGCAAUGGUCUGACAGAGUGUAUAUUACCAUUGACGCCAUUGAUGAGAGUGAUCCCCGGCAAGACCUAUUUGGCGUGCUGAGAGACCUCGCGACGGACCCACGCUUCGCCAAGAUCCGACUGCUGGUUACCAGCCGCGAAUACUUGGACAUCGAGAGGGCACUUCAAGAUAUAUCUGUUGAUGUAUCUAUGAAGAAUGCUUUUUUGGACGCUGACAUCCGGCUUUAUGCUCGCUCCAGGCUGGAAAAGACUGAGAACAUCAAGCGAUGGCCAGCCGAUCUUCAAGAGGAGGCUCUCGAAGCAUUGACAGACGGCGCUCACGGAAUGUUUCGCUGGGUCGUCUGCCAAAUCGAUAUGUUGAGACGUAUCAAAGGUUCCAGCGCUGCGAUUCAACUAGAGUUGAAGCGAUUACCCAGAACCCUCUACGAUACAUACGACAGGAUAUUCGAGCAAAUACCGGAAGAGGACCGCCACAUAUUGAAUACCGCAUUGAGAUGGCUCUGCUUCCACGUCAAACUCUUUUCCCCCGAAAAACCUCUCCUCGCGCAUGGAAUCGACGGCAUGGUUUCCCUCGCAUUGCGGAAUGCCAGUAGACGAUGCGGACUGACAUCAGCCCCGAGGAGGGUCACCACGACGCACGCGGCCGGCAACAAGCUGCGUGAUCUCUGCGCCUCUCCGUCGCAAAGGCGUCCUAUGAGCAGUUCCAACUGGAGACCGGUCUCGGUCCUAGACGAAUGGGUGGUAAAAGAGGCGCGGCCUAUCAGUUUGCGCCAGCUCAUGGUUUUCGGCCGCUCCCUGACGGAAUCGCGACUCUUGAGCUCCGCAAACUAUGUCCGUACGGAGCUACCCACCCGGAUAGCGCACCGUAUUCGAGAUAUGCAACAGCUUCCUUACGUCGUCGUCACAAAUCCUCACAUUAAAGAAGUCUACGAACUCUACAACAAUGCAUUCGACACCUUCCGAAAAGUCAAGGAGAUCAAGACCCUGGAGGACAACGAAAAGUUCUGCCAGAUCAUAAGCGGCAUGCUCAAGGCGCACUUGACCGUCAUCCCCAAGCUCUCCAUGGGCAUUCUAGAAAGCAGAGGCCGUAUGGACGCCAAAGACCUAGACAAGUUUAUGAACACCAUCCUUAAAUCAAGAAUAUCCCGUAGAGUCAUCGCCGAGCAGCACCUCGCGCUGACAGAGACAUACCACUCUCCCUGGUUCUCCCCCGGCGCCAAGCUCUCCGAAUCCGAGUUCAUCGGCGAGAUCUUCAUCAAGUGCGUCGCGCGGGACGUCAUCGAGCGAUGCACCCGCGCCGUCGAGGCCCUCGCCCGCUCCACCUACGGCCAGGAAGUCCAGGUCCCCGAGAUCAAGGUCCUCGGCCACCUCGAGGCCAGCUUCCCCUACAUCCUCAGCCAUCUCGAGUACAUCAUCGGCGAGCUGCUCCGCAACUCCGUCCAGGCCGUCAUCGAGCGCCGCCAGCGUAGUAAAACCUCGACGGACAUCCCCCUCCCACCCAUCGAGGUGACCAUCUGCGAGGCCCAGCAGCACGUCAUCAUCCGUAUCUCAGAUCAGGGCGGCGGAAUCCCUCGAGACGAGCUCCCCUACCUGUGGUCCUUCUCCAAGGGCCCGCAGAGCCAGCGCAGGCUGGAGAACCUCGGCCGCGUGCCCAAGCUGGCCGCCACCAUGCAGGAGCUGCACGUCUCGGACGAGCUGGGCCGCGCGGACCUGAAGACCCCGAGCUACUCCAGCUCCCUGUCUUCCAUGACCGGCCGGCCGCCGAAUCUGCGGCUCGGCAUGGGUCUGCCCCUGAGCAGGGUGUACGCCGAGUACUGGGCCGGAAGCCUGGAGCUGCACAGCCUCGAGGGGUACGGCGUAGAUGCCUUCCUUCAGAUAUCGAAGCUCGGCAACAAGAACGAGCAACUGACAACAAGAGCAUCCAUGGAUGCAGUAUAG